AUGAUGUCAGUUGAGCAUUGCAGUUGUCUCAACCCUUCCCUCAAGGCGAGACUGCAGAAUGCCGGCCUGCUUUGGAUCGAUGACAUCUGCCGCCUUUUGAAGAAACACUCGGACAGGGAGGUGGAGGGUGUGACGUCCCAACAGAAGGAGGGCACCGACGCCUCCUUAUCUUCCACUGACGCUGCCUCCCGCCGUCUUCUCGAGCGGUGCCCACAGCUGACGCAGGCGGAGGCCGUGGAGGUGAUGGGAGCUGUUCUUUCUCUUUACAGAGGGAAUGAUCCUGCAGAUAGCGACUAUCACAUCCCCCCAGAGACUCGAACCCUGGAAGAAAUGUUGAAGGUGGAGGCCGAUAAAGAAAGCGAAAGGGUCACGACGUUUUGCAGGGGUAUUGACACGCUUCUUGGUGGCGGGUUGCCGGUGGGCGCUGUUUCGGAGGUUUGUGGAGCACCGGGAGUAGGUAAGACACAAAUGCUUAUGCAACUCGCCGUAAAUUGCUUACUGCCGAGAGAAUUGGGUGGUCUGCAUGGGUCAUGUCUGUUUAUUGAUACGGAGGGAAGUUUUGUGCCGGAACGUUUUCGCGAAAUAGCGCACGCUGCCGUCAUGCAAGUGAAAGAGAUCAUUUUGCGACAGGGGGCUGAGGGGGUUAUUGGUGACACCGUGGUGGCUACGGAUGAAGACGAGCUGACAGUUUCAUUGCCCAUUGAUAGCGGCAGUGGCAGCGGCUCUAUUUCGGCUUUAGUAAGAUCACGCAAGAGGGGUCGAGCUGAAGGAGCGGGCAUCUCAUUGGCUGCACUUGCGGGGUUUUUCACAGUGGACUACGUCCUUCAGCAAACGCAGUAUCUUCGCGUGGUGGACGUGGUUUCCCUCAUGGCGUUGCUGAAUGUGCUUCCCACAUAUCUUGCAUCUCAUUCAGAUGUACGAAUGGUGGUCAUUGACUCCAUUGCGUUUCCUUUUCGCUCCUUUUCCCAACUUGGCGUUUACCAGAUGGGAAACGAAGCCCCAGAGGGCGGUGCUUCUGCAACUGCUGUGACAUCCAAGCAUCUCCUGUGGCAGCGUUCACGCCUUCUUUUUAGAUGCGGACAGUUAUUGCAGCAACACGCUCGGGAGCAAAAUAUAUGCGUUGUUGUAAGCAAUCAGGUGACGAGCCGCACGUUGAGUAGCGAACGUGGUGAAUGCUCUCGGGUUCUCAUACCCGCACUUGGGGAUUCUUGGGCGUAUGGUCUCUCCACGCGUCUUUUGUUGAAACACCGACACAAUGGAAUAAUGGAAAAGGAAACGAAUACUGAGAGAGAGAAGUGUCACGAAAACGUUGUCUUUAUAGCCCCUGCCGUCGAUGGGGGUUUCGAUGUUGGCAGCGCGGUAAAUGCCGUGCAACAUCGUGUGGUAUGCCUUGUGAAGAGCCCUAAUCAAACGCGUGGACAUUGUUGUUUCUCCAUCAGUCAGAAGGGUGUGCGUGACAUUUACCGUGUGUGGCUGUGA